AUGGCCCUGAUCUUGAAAGACCGUUUAAAAACACCAAAGAAACACAGGGGGCGUCACACCCAAGAGGAGGACAAAGAGAAGGAAGCACAGCAGAUCUUGCCGGAACAGUCCGAAGCUUGGCCAGUAUCCCCGCCCAAGGCCUCAACCGGGUUCCCUCCCCGGUCCAACACCUACCUGAUUAUAGGGUUGCAAAACGAGCUGACCAAACGCGGGAUCCUGAAGAACACGAGCGACUACGAGGAUUUCUGGAAACUGGUUCAGGAGGAAGCUCUUGGAGUGGAGACUAAAGAAAAGCUCCAGAAGAUAAAAUUUAAGUUGAUGAAUACCAGGCCCCGGCCACCAGCUGCUUCCCGGAGAAAGGAGACCAGGAUGCUGGUUAGCACUGAUCAGGACAGUGGGGCGUGCCAGGGGACACAGGACCAUCGAGGGAGGGCACAGGAAGCUGUGGAGGAUGGCCCGGAGAAGGAGAGAAAAAAACAGGGCCAGCACCAACCUGGCUUGGAGCCACUCAAGCACCCAGAGGACACAGUGAGUCUUCUCGCUCGGCUCACGGAAUGGAGAAAAAGGUGCCAACAGCGAGAAGCUGCCUGGAGGCUGCAUCGAGGACCCGAGGAGAACAAGAUUAUGUGUAAGGCAAAGACGGAUUCCCAAAGCAAGAUGUAUCUUAACCGGUUGUAUCAGAUGUAUUUCACCUCCCUUGCUAACAUGGAAUUCUCCAGAAGACUGCUGGAGAGAGAUGGCCACUUUGCAGACAUGGAUGCUGAGUAUAGGGCUAGAAGCCUGCUGGAUUACAUGAUCCCAAGGGGACAUACACUGGCAGAUCUUCCACCAAGAGAACCAGGGGAGGAGAACUCCCCAGCCCCUGGCCAGCAGCCUCGAGCAGGACCUGCCCUCCAAUUUCUGAAGUGCCAGAGCCCAAGAAGUCCACAGAGAAGUCCUCACCUGAAGACAGGAAGACACCUGUGUGGCACGAGCAAGCUUUCAGAACAUAAGAGGGGUACACUUGCUCCUGCCGGGGUGACCCCAGGCCCCAGGCUUACAGCACCUCUGACCCUUGCACACAUGAUCCGGACCCAUCCUGUGGUGGAGGCCAAGACAGCAAGUCGAUACUGGGUGAACUAUGUGGAUGAAGAAUAAAAUUUUUUUUUAUAGUCAUUAGAUAAAAAUCCAAACAGGAAAUGACAGCUUUCUUUUUUUUUGGUUCUGCAUUAUGAUAAGCAGUGAAGUUGGUAUCUGGUAAAGAUGGUGGUCCCUGACAUGAGAUGCCUGGCACUUCUUUCUUUAUAAAAGUGACACCAUCAUGCAGAGCCUGAACCGUGAAUUCUGAUGACGGAGAUGGUCAGACAGACAGCAGCAGCAGGUGGAGCACACUCAACCAUGAGGCUUCAGCCCGUGGUCAUUUACUUCUUCUGACUCAUGGUCCUCCUGCCUGGUGCUCUCUUUGCAGGGUCUUAAAUAAAAUAAGCUUGUUUUCUUUCUUUAAAA